UAACUAUUUGCUGAUAAGGAAUACUUCCUUAUUUUACUUCACUUUCCUGAUGUCAAUUUUCCCCUCCACACAUUCGUGUUCUCCACACAGUGACGGCCACUGAGAGCAAGAGUUUGUCAGUCGAUAUUCCAGAGACGAACAGUGGACAGAACCCAGAUCGGGAGAUCGGGGACUGACGGGAUAUCUGGGAUCGGACAAUGAUUGGGCGAUCGUUCUACCUCCUCUCCCUUCUCCAAGCCGCGGUGUCGGUUGAGUGGAGUGCGGACAAUCCCGGAGAUGUGACUGCGCACAAUGGUUUGUGUGCACGGAUUCCAUGUCACUACACAUACCCAUCGACUCUGAACAAUGAACCACGGACUGGAAUAUGGUUUAAAUGUGAGACGAACAACGACACAACUGUAGCCUUCCACUCCAAGAAGCCCAGGAAAGAAUCAAGAAAGUUUUGCCAUCGGACCCGGCUGUCAGGAGAUCUGGGAGACAACGACUGUUCGCUGGUUAUAGACAACGUCACGCAGCAAGAUGCAGGUCCUUAUUUUUUCACAGUGAAGUUUGGAGGGGGACGUCGUUUCAACUACCACCGUUUAACACAGCUCCAUGUUACUGAUUUCACAGAUAAACCCACGAUAUUCUCUGCUGAAUUGGUGGCAGGUCAUCCUGUGAACGUGACCUGCUCCUUCAACACCACAUGUGAUGGAACAACACCCACCCUAACCUGGGUCACCCCCGCUGAUGAACCACCGUCAGCCUCACACAGAGUAACCUGGGGCAACCCCACUGGUGAACCACCUUCAGCCUCACACAGAGUAACUCAGUGGGGAGACACUUGGACAUAUACUUCUGUUCUGUCCCUGACCCCAGCGCUCAAACAUCACGGGCAAAACCUCACCUGCAGAGUCACAUACCCAACUGUCUCAUCCUCACAGAUCCUCACACUGAAUGUGCAAUGCGUCCCCCAGAAUCUCUCAAUCACUUCCCCCGACAACGUGAACAGUUCCUGGGUCAGUGUAAAGGAAGGAAACUCUGCAGCGAUCCUCUGCUCCGUCCAGAGUUUGCCAACAUCUAACCUGACGUGGAGACAUCUCGGUGUCACGCUGAACACAACACGUUCCAGCAACGAGCUGUGGAUGGCGUUCCCUCACCUGACACGGCAGGAUGCUGGGGUCUAUCAGUGUGUGGCAGAGAAUGAACACGGGACAGCAGAGAGGGAUGUGACCCUCACUGUAGAAUGUGAGUAGAUACACACUGACAUGUCUAUAAACACAGAUGGAUUAUUGGCCCAUGAAAAAUGCUGGAAUUCACUGCACACAUGGACUCACUCACACCUACAUACAGUCUUCCUCUCUCUCACACCCACACACACAUUCUCUCUGUCCCACACAUGGACACCAUCACUCACACACACUCUCUCAAACACAUACAGACUCUGUCUCUCUCACAUACUCACCCUCUCUCACACAUACACACAGACACUUUCUCUCUGUCCCACACAUGAACACCAUCACUCACACACACUCUCAGUCUCUCUCACACACUCAGUCUCUCUCACACUCACCCUCUCUCACACACAUACACACUCACUCAAACACACACACAUUCUCUCUCACACGCACACACACCCUCGCUCUCAAACACUCGCUCACUCUAACACACACAUACACACAUACCCUCAAGAUCUCUGAGAAAACCCACGCAAGUCACGGGGAGAACGUGCGAACUCCGUACAGACAGGCACCGGUGGUCAGGAUCGGGUACAUGUCUCUGGCGCUGUGAGGCAGCAGCUCUACCCACUGCACCACCGUGCCGUCCACAUCUACAGUAUUUUGUGUUCCCCACCUGUAUGUAGCGUGUCUGACCUCUGCCUGACAUUGUUGGAUCAUAUUGGUUUCUCGACCCAGAAACCCGCAAUGUAUGUAUCGUCACUCCUCAUGUUGCUUAAAACACAAAAUGCUGGAGCAACUCAGUGUGUCAGGCAACAUCUUUGGAGUCAUAGUCUUACAGCGUGGAAACCUUUUGCCCAACUCGCCCACACCGGCCAACGAACCCCAUCUACACUAGUCCCACCUGCCCUACUUCGACCCAUCCAAACAAGUCCAAUCCAUGUUACCUGUCCAACAGUUUUUCAAAAGUUGCAAUGGUCCCAGCCUCAACUCGUUCCUCCAGCGCUCGUUCCAUACACCCACCACCCUCUGCAUGAAAAAAGGUUACCCCUCAGGAUCCAUUAAAUCUUCUCCCCUCUCAUCUUAAACCUAGCAUGCUCGACCUCUCCCUAUAGUCUGAAGAAGGGUCUCGACAUGAAACGUCACCCAUUCCUUAUCUCCAGAGAUGCUGCCUGUCCCGCUGAAUUGCUGCAGUUUUUGUGUCUACGCAAAUACAGUUGUGCCAUCCACUGGGUACACAUACAAGAUAAGGGAAUAACGUUUAGUGCAAGAAAAAGCUAGUAAAGUCCUAUCAAAGAUAGCACAAUAGUAAUUCAGGACUACUCUCUGGUUGUGGUAGGAUGGUUCAGUUGCCUGAUAACAGCCGGAAAGAAACUCCCUGAAUCUGGAGGUGUGUACGUUUUCACACUUCUGUACCUCUUGCCCGAUGGGAGAGGCGAGAAGAGGGAGUGGCCGGGGGUGAGACUGGUCCUUGAUUAUGUUCUGGCCUUGCCGAGGCAGCGUGAGGUGUACAUGGAGUCAACCGGCCAACAUGCCCCAUCUACAUUAAUCCCACAUGCCUGCGUUCGGCCCAUAUCCCUCCAAACCUAUCCUAUCCAUGUACCUGUUCAACUAUUUCUUAAACGCCAGGAUAGUCCCAGCCUCAACUACCUCCUCCAGCAGCUCGUUCCAUAGACCCACUACCCUUUGUGUGGAAAAAUGUUAACCCUCAGGUUUCAUUAAAUCUUCAUCCUUCUUAAACCUAUGUCCUAUUCUUAAACCGUGACCGCUGGUUCUGGACUCCACCAACAUCAGGAACAUUUUCCCUGCAUCUAGCCUAUCAUAUAACCACAUAACAAUUACAGCACGGAAACAGGCCAUCUUGGCCCUUCUAGACCAUGUCGGACUCUCACCUAGUCCCAUCUACCUGCACUCAGACCAUAACACUCCAUUCCUUUCCCGUUCAUUUACCUAUCCAAUUUAUUUUUAAAUGAUAAAAUCGUACCUGCCUCCACCACUUCAACUGGAAGCUCAUUCCACACCGCUACCACUCUCUGAGUAAAGAAGUUCCCCCUCAUGUUGCCCCUAAACUUCAGUCCCUUAAUUCUCAAAUCAAUCCUAUCGAAUCCCUUAAGAAUUUUAUAUGUUUCUCGGGAAUUAACCCUGUGUACCUACGCUGCACUACCUCAAUAGCAAGAAUGUCCUUCCUCAAAUUGGGUGACACAAUACUCCAGGUGCGGUCUCGCCAGGGCUCUGGAAUAGAACCACCUUGCUGCUUUCUCAAAUCCUCUCGCUAUGAAGGCCAACAUGCCAUUUG